AUGGACCCCAGCGACGCUACGGUAUUUUUCAACGUCAAGUCGCUAUUCAACCAUCUGGCACGUCAUUCUAGACCGCUACCUGAGGUCCCCGGUAUCGUCGUCGUCGACCAGGCAGAAAUGCCAGAACAGUACCACAACGAUUACGACUUGCACUUCACGAAGCCACCGCUGCCUCACCCUGCACUAGAACACGAGCAAGAAACAGCCAUGAUGCCUACGGGUGUUGCUAAAGAACCUGCACGCAGAAUGUACGGCCAAAGACUGUUGGCAGACCGCACAGCUGCCCUUGAGCUUGUGGUGGGCUCCAGAGUUACCGGUCUGACAUGGCCAGCCAAGUACAACGGAGAGUGGUGUAUGGGGUGGUAUGACGGUGUGCACGCUUCCGUGCCUUUGGAUGCCUUGAGGUUGGACCCUCCCCUGCCACGCGACAUCAGAAUGGACGGGACGAGUCACGUCAGAGCCAAGGCGAGAUGGAAGUUUUCGUACAAGGACAAGGAGAAGACGGAGUGGCUAAAGUUUGACAAGGAUGAAAUCAUCACCAACAUCAGCUGGGUCUAUCCUGAACACUGGUGCUGGUCAGGGACAAAUGCCAAAGGCAAAUGGGGCAUCUUUCCCCAGGCAUUCCUAGACACGAACACGGUGCAGGAGCUGUCAGUCGUUAGCUCUCAGAGAGCGAGCAGUUUGAACAGCGAGAAGAAUAAGUCAUCAUCUAUCAUACCUCGAUUCUCGGUGCGCAAGACGCAGGGCCCGCCGAGCAUCGCAUCCAGCCGAUCCUGA